AUGGCGAAGGAUGAGUCUACUGCUGCAGACAAGUGGAAUGAACAAACACUGGACAGUUUAAUGGCUAUUUUACAAGCAGAUUUACCGAAAAGACGAAACGUCUGUAUUUUCGACGAAGUCUUAGUUCACAUCAAUAAAAGACUCCCACUGUUGCUUUCGUCUAGCAAUGGCUUGGAUGCCGAUCCAUCAAAAAUACAAGCUGUGAAGCAUCUAACUGAAUCAUAUAUUGUACUUUCCGAGCUGCGGGAAAAAUCAUUCGAAGAACGUAAAGAACAUACCCCAUCUUUCUCUGUUGUACCCCGGUUACUAUAUGACCAACGUGGUUAUUUGGUCGGAAUAGUAUCAGCUGGUACUGAAAAAUGGCAGCCUCGUUAUCGCCUGUACAAGACUAAUGAUCAUCUGAACAUCAUAGUUGUGUUAGCAGGAUUUAAUCAAGAUAAUUUAACUGUUGAAAUGGAAAGAGAUGUUGCCAUUAUUCGAGGUGAGCGUUCAGAACCCCCAGACGCAUGUUGUCAAUCAGUUGCUGAUCAAGAACAAUAUCCAAUUGGCUCAUUUGAAUUAUUAGUUUCUGUUAAGGAUGAUAUUGAUGGUAAUCAAGCAGAUUUCCAAUGUGAAGAUGGAUUUCUAUCGAUUAAAUGUCCAAUAAGAAAAUAUGUUAAGAAACGAUUCGGAGGUCCAGCGAAAGCUGGUAAUUGA